CCCACAGUCAGCUGCUGCGCUCAAGGGGAGUCGAGCAGGGUAGUAUGGUGGAAGGGAAUGUUUGGUCUUAUGAAGAUAUACUGAAGAUGCAUAAUAAUAGAAUGAACAGUCAAACUCGUAAACUUUAAGGGUGUUAAGCUUUUCCUUAAUUUAUCUCUGUCAAGUAUCGCCAAGCUAUUGGUGUUUGCUCAUCUUGAACCAAAAUUAUCUCCAUAAUUGAAUACACUAUUUAGCUUCAAUGAAAUCACUCCUAUUACCUUGCUCUUUACUUUCUCCCUCUCCUCCUCGCAUGUCCCUUCCUAGACUUCAAUCACAGCCUCGACAUAUUGGCAGUGACAGUUCCCAUCAUGAUAGAUACCGUGCCUCUCCUCUUUGUCUUUCAUUUCAAUCCAGCUUUUCAUGUAAGUCACUAUGCAGUCAUCAGUCAUUCGCUGGAACUGCAAACGCUUCAAAUGAGGGGGCAGUUUCAGUUAUCAAUAUUGAAGAUUUUCAUGAAAAAGAUUGGUCAUUUCUUGAUUCAGAUGAUUUAAAUUCUGAACAAGUUAGGCAAAAUAUUGACCGCAUUACAUCCGUGGGGGAGAUUGCGGAGACUUCCAGAGUACUAGUCUCGAUUGGUUCUGAAGGGUUUGUGGAUCAUUUGGUUGAAUCAUCACCCAGCCAAUUGUUGCUUGUAGUCCAUGAUUCUAUUCUUAUCUUAGCCGGAAUUAAAGAAAAGUAUGACGAGGUUAAGUGUUGGCAAGGAGAAUUGAUACAUGUGCCAGAGAAAUGGUCACCACUGGACGUUGUAUUUCUCUAUUUUCUGCCUGCUCUGCCGUUCAAAAUUGACCAGAUUUUCACAUCGCUGGCAAAACGUUGUUCACCAGGUGCAAGACUGGUAAUUAGCCAUCCCCAAGGUAGAGCAGUGCUAGAGCAGCAAAGGAAACAGUUCCCUGACAUUAUAGUUGCAAACUUGCCCGAUAAAACGACUUUACAGAGAGUUGCAGCUGAACAUUCCUUUGAGAUGACUGAAUUUGUAGAUGAGCCUGGAUUUUAUCUAGCUGUUUUGAAGUUUAUUAAGGCAAACAAUUAAGUUUAGAUUCGUUCUUAUCUCCGGCUUGAAUUGUUUUGAGGUAUCCAAAUUGUGGUCAAGGAUUGAGGAUCCCAGUAAUAAAAUGCUAGUACCACAGCUACUUGUUGCUUAUUUGGCCA